AUGGCGCUAGAAGGAGGGCCCGUCCGAAUGUCGAACGAUCAACAGGCCCGCUCCGAUGAACCCCCGGCCGUCAGGCCACACCCGACCGACGCAGCGGGAGAACAUCCCCUGCAGGAGGGGGUUCGAGACGAGCGCCCCGCCGCGAUCUCGGAGCGCUACUGGCGACUGUUCAACGACCCGGGUCUAUCGCCGCCCAUCAGUAAUCCCGGUGGCCCGACACCGUCGACCCAACCCGGGAGCCGAGGAGCGGGGGACCCAGCGGCGCACCCGACGCCCGAGGCCCCGCUGUUAAACUCGACGGAGGGCCUGUGGGCCCAGCUGCGCCUCGUAGGUCACCGACUGGACGAGGUGCAGCGAGAGAUUCGCAGGACCAAGGGAGACCCGGGGGCCGAGCAACACCAGGGGCCCCCUUUCACCCCCGAGAUUCAAGAGCAAGCGAUCCCGCCGCAUUUUCGGCUCCCUUCAUUAGACGCCUACGAUGGCGCCACCGACCCAGCUGACCACGUAGCCGCUUUUCGCGCACAGAUGGCGCUGUAUGGGACGUCCGACGCCCUGAUGUGCAGGGCAUUCCCGACAACCCUACGAGGCCCAGCCCGGGCGUGGUACAGCAAUCUGAAGACCGCGUCCAUCGCCUCUUUCGACCAGUUGGCCAAGGACUUCGAGCUUAACUUUCUGGCUUACGCCAAGCCGAAGCCGUCGAUGGCAAUGCUCCUCGGGCUCAACCAGAGGGAGGACGAGCCCCUUUCUCACUUCGUGGACCGCUUCACCAUACAAAUUCGCGGGUUGUCUGAUGCUCACCCCUCUUUGAUGAUGCAGGCGUUCAUGAUGGGCCUGCGGCCUACCCGAUUCUUUUGGUCUCUAGUGGAGCGACCCCCCGCUUCGGUACCCGAAAUGUUACAACGCGCAAACCAGUUCGUCGCUGCUGAAGCAUGGAUGGUCGGAAGGCGCGACGAGCGCAAGAGGGUUAAGCCAGAGCAGCCCCGGCAGCCACAGCCCGCUACCUCCCGGCGUAGGGCUGGCGGACUCGACGAUGCGGUACCUAGGUCCCCUCCCCCGGGCCUGAACUCCUCCCGGACUGAAAUAUUUCUCCACAUCAAGGAGAAAGGACUUCUCAAAGAUCCUCACCCCAUGAAUAGCCCGCGCGAACUCGCAGACCGCUCCAAAUACUGUCGUUUUCACCGACAGCCCGGUCACGACACCGAACAGUGUCGAGAAUUAAAAAGGCAAAUUGAGGAGCUCAUCCGCCGUGGGCACCUCGGCCCAUAUCUCCGGCGAGACAAGGAGCUCUGA